AUGGUCCUGGGGGCUCUCAGCACCACGGCGAUUGUCGGCAGCACCCUGCAAAUUGCAGGUUCGAGUGCUGGAUGUGAUCACCUCGCGCUGCUGCUGCUGGCGGCGGCGGCGGCGGCGGGGCUGGGCGGCGGCGAGGAGGCGAUCCAGUGCCCGCCGUGCUCCGAGGAGCGGCUGGCGCGCUGCAAGGCGCCGCAGGGCUGCGCGGAGCUGGUGCGCGAGCCGGGCUGCGGCUGCUGCGCGACCUGCGCGCUCGGCCGCGGCACCGCCUGCGGCGUCUACACGGCGCGCUGCGGCGCCGGGCUGCGCUGCUACCCGCCCCGCGGCGUCCCGCGCCCGCUGCACACCCUCAUGCACGGCCAGGGCGUCUGCACCGACCUGGCCGACGUCGAGGCCAUCCAGGAGAGCCUCCAGCCGACAGACAAGGAGGAGAUCGAGCACCCCAACAACAGCUUCAGCCCCUGCAGCCUCCAGGACCGCAAGUGCCUGCAGAAGCAGCAGGCCAAGCGCGUCAGCAACGGCAACAGGAUGAGGAACAGCGGGAACCACCGCGAGGAGACGCGGCCCAUAGCGCAGGGCUCGUGCCAGAGCGAGCUGCACCGGGCGCUGGAGCGGCUGGCGGCGGCGCCGACGCGGACGCAUGAGGACCUCUACGUCAUCCCCAUCCCCAACUGCGACCGCAACGGCAACUUCCACCCCAAGCAGUGUCACCCGGCGCUGGACGGGCGGCGCGGGAAGUGCUGGUGCGUGGACCGCAAGACGGGGGUGAAGCUGCCGGGCUUCCUGGAGCUGAAGGGGGACCUGGACUGUCACCAGCCGGCGGACAGCAUGUGAGCGCCCCGCGGCCGCCCCGCGCCGAAGACUUGCCGCGUUUAGGAAGCGCAGCCGGUGGAUUUGCCGCCGGCUCUGUUCGGCCCGGUCGGCCGCGAGCGGCGGGGCGCCUCUGCGAACGGCUUGUGCCUCCGCGCCGUCCGACCUGGCCAGCUGGGCGAAACCAAGAUGAAUUUCGGAAAUGCUUCAGUGACGCAAAAACUGUGGGUUUUGCCAGCGCAAAGGUUUCUGCUGAAAAUUUUUUCACUAUUUUUUGCAGCUUUUUUCCCCCCCCCCCCAAAGCGCUUCCGCGGGAGCCAGCCGGGCUGGGAACUGCUCAUCUCGAUGACUCUGGGGUGACAAAUUGCCCUUUCGGUCGCAAGGGAAAGUUUGCCAAAGAGGGGGACGAGCCCGCUGCGGCGCGGAGGGAAACGUUUCAGUUUUAGUGAAGCGAGGAGCCGGGCGCUGCCCACCGCCUGGCGCGCUGACGUUUCGCCCUGUCUCCCCCGGUAGUUUAAGGCUGUAUUUACACGAGAUCGUUAUUCCGGAUUAAGGCUACCUGCCCCGCGCGUGUUUGCGCACCGGCACGAGCUUUCCGUUGCCGUUUGGGCUCCGUCCGUGUGCCGCCGCGUCCCUCUUUUACCAGUAACCUUGGAGCUUUGUAUUGUCAAAAAGGGGGGGAGGGAAGAUGAUAAUUGCUGUAUUUAAUUUUCACUGUUAUUUGA